GUACACCAACUCGAAGUUGUAUCAAAAUGAGAAUUUUAAACUUUUCCAAGUGCCUACAAGUUUGUUUAUACUCAGUGAAUUUUAGUUUUCGUGUUUGAAGACAAACUUUGUGAUGAUUUUGCUUUUGCUUCUUGUUUCUUCAGUUUCAGGCAUUGAAUGGGAUGCGCCAACACCGUACGACCCGGUAUGGCUAGCUAGCGUGCAAACCUUUCCGCCUGCUGGCAAUAUCAACGAAACCAGGCUCUGGUUCUGGGGUUGGGUAUACGAACAGGAUGUACAAUUCAAAUUAUUUACAAGGCGUAAUCCUUACGAUGGACAAGAUUUGAAAAUAAACGACACCGCGUCAUUACGUAAUUCUAAUUUUAAUUUCAAAAACAAGGUAAAGGUACUCACUCAUGGAUGGCUCAACCAUGGCUCAAGUCCUAUGCCGGAAUCAAUUAAAGAAGCUUAUUUGAACAUCAGUGAUUUGAACAUAAUAGUAGUUGAUUGGGGGAACGCAGCAAAUGUCAACUACAUACUGGCCAGUUACAACGUCGCUAUGGUAGGAAGACUGUUGACUGAAUUCCUCAACUUUCUUAUAUCGGAGGGAGUGUCUAUGGACGAUGUUCACUUAAUCGGGCACAGUCUUGGCGCACACGUGGUCGGUAUAGCUGGAGCGUAUGUGAAGCAAGGACCUAUUGAUACAAUCACAGGUUUGGAUCCCGCACUCCCUUUGUUCACAUUGGGUAACAAGGACGCGCGUCUUGACAAGCAUGACGCGCGUCAUGUGGAGGUGAUACACACGUGCGGAGGAUACCUUGGCUUUGCCUCGCCGCUCGGACAUAUUGACUUCUAUCCUAAUGGCGGCACUCGACAGCCAGGAUGCACAUUCGAUUAUAGAGGUCUCUGUGCACAUAACCGGGCACACAUGUUCUUCUCUGAAUCCAUCAUAUCGUCGGUGCCGUUCACGGCGGUGCGCUGCAAGGACUACGACGAGCUGUACUACAGCGGCUCGUGUAAGGGGACCGGCGAGACGCUCAUCAUGGGCGGCUUUGACAUACAUUACGGGAAAGACGGGAUAUAUUACCUCAAGACGAAUGCAGAACAUCCUUUCGCUAUAGUUGACGAAAAUAGCUAAUGAAUAAGAGAAACGUUUUGUUAGAAUGUAAAAAAUGUG